AUGUCGAUUGGAGCUUGUAUAAUGAUCAUACACUGUCUCUGCGUUGUAGCUGGGCAAGUUGUGUUCGGCGAACUAACAGCAGUUUUUGCUGCCCAGCAGUUUCCUGAUAAUUGUUCUGAUCAACAACAAAAUUCUACCACUACUGGACCACAGCAGUAUCUAUGUCAUACAGGCAUUGAAUUGAGUGUAUCUGACGAUAGCCAUUUGCCGAAAUUAUGUGUUAAUUCAACAAUGCUUGUAUCACCGUCAUUAAGAACGAUUCCGUCUAUGAUGUUAUUUGGAUCGGAAGUCAGGCGUCUAGUUUACCGGCUGUUUGGUAAAUGCAAUAAUAUUUAUUUUAUGAUUUAA